AUGUCUACAACCUGGGACGUCGUGUUCACUGAAGAGUUCGAUGAGAACUUUGGAAUGGGCCUAGACGAUGAGUGCGAGAGAUACUCAAAAUUGUAUAGUAUAUCAGAUCUCGCAGAACUUCAGGGCUGGAACCGAAAUCUUUCAGAUAAUGAUAACGAAGACACUGAAAGCUCUUCAUCGGACAGCAUGCCAAGUCUCGUUCCUGCUAGCGAGGAAGGGUCAGAUUACUAUACCUCCGACUACAACGAUGAGAUUGAGAGCAAAUCGGGUACCGAAGUUGACUUCUGGGCCGUGUCCCAAGAUGAAGGAGACCAGAUGGGUCAAGAAAGUGGUCCCCUCAUAGACUGGGACUUUGAAAAUUCCGAUGAACCUAUGGAACAAGAGCCAUUAUUCAAAACCUUCAUGAUCGAUACUCCCGAAAUCUUUGACGAGUUCCUGCCAGUUUUGUCACAGCUAAUGAAAGACAUCCCAGAGCUCGGAUAUGACUGCGAGGGUGGAAAGAGUUUUGGUCGUAACGGAGUCCUAACGUUUUUCUCAAUGUCAAUUCUUUCUCGGAGAGAGACAUACAUCAUAGAUGUCUUGGCACUCACGAAACUCGGAACACAAGUCUUCGAACAAGAGAAUGCAGAAGGGCUAUCGUUAAAGAAAGUUUUGGGAUCAAAGAAAUAUCUACAACUUUGGUUUGAUGUUCGACAGGACUGGGACACCCUGUAUCACUUGUUUGGACUUACACCAGGAAGAAUCCUUGACCUCCAAUUACUUGAAUUCUUGUCACGCAGAGGUUCAAAAGACAGUAUUAUGGGAUUAUUCAGAAUCAUUAGGGAUCAUGGCAAGGCUUUCAUGAGCAAUAAAGCGCAUGAAGAUUGGUUAGAUGAAAAGGAAGAAGGUCGUCAAUAUUUCAGCGGCCACGAACUGGGGUAUGGUGUUUUGGAGGAGGAGCGACCUAUCAGCGAGACCACUAAGAGGUACAUUGCAGGUGAUUCGGAUUGCAUGUUCCAUCUAUACUUCCAUCUCGAGGUGCAGUUGAGAAAUUGGGUGAAGGAAAUGCAGAUAAGGAUUCCCGAGAAGACUACCGAAUCUGCGGAAAAGAACACAGAGUUGUCAGACGCCAAACAACAUAUCGAGGCUCCAUUCAUCAUAGAGUCAAGAUUGUCUACAAGUAAGCCAGAAGAAUCUACUGAGAUUUCUUCUCCAGUCGAGCCACGUCGCAGAGAGGAUUGGUUGACUUUCGUUGAGGAGCAAUCAAUGCUUAGGGCCGAGCUCGCUAUGGCCCUUGAAUAUGACCCCAAUGAUGAAGAUAGAAAGUAUAGCGCACCAGAAGCAUUUCUAGAGAUCUCACGACAACAAAGUGAUCCUGAAAGAGCUGCUGCGAGGCUUGCCAAGGAAAUUGAGUGCUCACUGUUAAUUUGA